ACCGCCGCGGUUCCCCUCCCCGCCUCCCCUUUAGGCGGGGGCCGGAGCGCUAGUGGGAGGAGAAGGAGCGGGAGGCGACGGCAGCCACAGCCACAGCAAACCCGGAGCUGCUGCGCCGCUUCCCCGCUCUUGCCUCGGCUGGACAUCUCGAGCUCCCGCUCCCGCCCUUUUGGCCGGGGCGCCUUUUCGCUUCCCUCUCGCGCCUCAGCCAUGGCGACCUCGGUCCCGUCGCUCCCUCGGCAUUGCCCCAGUUCCCCUCCUGCCGCCGCCGCCGCCGUCGCAUCCGCCCCUUCCUCCCUCGUCUCCUCGAGGACCUUUUAAUGGCUCGGACCCUCCAGGGACCGCCACGCCGACUUGUUUGCGCCGCCGGUGGCCGCCACAACGAGCAAAGGAGAGGUGGGGGGAAAAAAUCCCGAGAGGAGUGCCGCGCACGAAGUAGAAGCUUGUCUCUUCAGAUAUGGGCGAAGUGGAGCAAAGAGCAACAACAGGAUCUCGGCUAGGAGUACAGGAGAAUGCUGGAAUCAGUACUCUGGAACAUGAGCAGAAACUGCCUUCAACACCUACAGGAAAACUUAUCUCUAUCAAAGUCCAAAUGCUGGAUGAUACACAGGAAACAUUUGAAAUUCCGCAAAGAGCUCCAGGAAAGAUUUUAUUGGAUGCAGUCUGCAACCAUCUGAAUCUUGUUGAAGGUGAUUAUUUUGGCCUUGAGUUUCUGGAUCAUAAGAAGGUCAUGAUUUGGCUGGAUCUUUUGAAACCUGUCAUAAAACAAAUCAAAAGACCUAAGCAUGUCAUUCUAAAAUUCGUGGUAAAAUUCUUCCCACCUGAUCACGCUCAGCUGCAAGAAGAAUUAACAAGGUUGGUGUACUUAUUUGCAUUGCAAGUUAAACAGGAUUUAGCACAAGGAAGACUGACCUGUAAUGACACUAGUGCUGCUCUCUUAAUAUCACACAUUGUACAGUCUGAAAUUGGGGAUUUUGAUGACACCAAUGAUCAUGAACAUUUAGCAAAAAACAAAUAUAUACCUCAACAAGAAGCUUUAGAAGACAAAAUAAUGGAAUUUCAUCAUAAUCAUAUUGGUCAGACACCAGCAGAAUCCGAUUUCCAGUUGCUUGAAAUUGCCCGUCGUUUGGAAAUGUAUGGAAUCCGGUUGCAUCCAGCUAAGGAUAGAGAAGGAACCAAGAUCAACCUAGGAGUGGCUCAUACAGGCAUUCUGGUGUUUCAGGGUUACACGAAGAUAAAUGCAUUCAACUGGUCUAAAGUUCGGAAACUCAGUUUUAAGAGGAAGCGUUUUCUUAUUAAACUACGCCCAGAUGUAAAUAGUAACUUCCAAGACACACUGGAAUUUCUAAUGGCUAAUCGGGAUUUGUGCAAGGCGUUUUGGAAAAUUUGUGUAGAACACCACGCUUUCUUCAGGCUGUUUGAGGAACCCAAACCCAAACCUAAACCUGUUCUUUUUACCAGAGGUUCAUCUUUUAGGUUCAGUGGCCGUACUCAGAAGCAAGUCCUUGACUAUGUUAAAGAAGGAGGACAUAAAAAAGUGCAAUUUGAGAGAAAACACAGCAGGAUCCAUUCUGUUAGGAGUCUGACUCCAAAAUCUACAGAGCAACUUUCUGUGGUGCCAAAACAAAGUUGUAGUUUUACAUAUGGAGAUGGUGCUGAUUCCCUGGUUGUGCAAAGCUGCCAACAGGGAAAGGAAUUAAAUAUUUCAGUGGAAGAUGGUGGACCACACGCAACUCCUUCCCUGAAAAAAAGCCCUAAGGAAGGCCAGGGGAUAGAUGGUACUACAAUGGCAACAAUGGAGGAGGAAGAGGAGGUCGUAAAGGACAGAUCACAACUCAGCAGAUCUCAGACGCAGCAGCCAAGCACAGCAGGCUCUCUUGCUGGCAGCCCUCACCUUUCAGAACUGUCAAUCAAUUCUCAAGGUGGACCAGCCAUAGCAAAUGCAACUUUGUCUCCUAAUUUGAGUCCUGAUAAUAGGCAAGCUUCUCCAUUGAUCAGUCCCUUGCUGAAUGAUCAAACUGGAGUCCGCGCUGAUGAUGAAGAGGAGGUCAGGAGAAAGAAGUUUCCAACUGACAAGGCAUACUUCAUUACGAAAGAAGUUGCCACUACAGAACGGACUUACCUGAAAGAUCUUGAAGUCAUCACAUCGUGGCUCCAGAGCACCGUAAGUAAAGAUGACUGCAUGCCAGAAGCACUAAAGAGUCUCAUCUUUUCGAACUUUCAACCUUUGCACAAAUUUCACACCAACUUUUUAAAGGAGGUAGAACAGCGCAUUGCUCUGUGGGAAGGCCGAUCUAAUGCUCACUUGAAAGGAGAUUUCCAAAAAAUUGGAGAUGUUAUGCUAAAGAAUAUUCAGGGUAUGAAGCAACUAACUGUUCAUUUGCGAAAGCAUAGUGAAAUUCUCCUAGAACUGGAAAAUGGGAUCAAGAACUCUCGCAGGCUAGAAGCCUUUUGCAGAGAUUUUGAGAUGCAGAAAGUCUGCUACCUUCCCCUCAACAUCUUCCUUCUCAGGCCGCUGCAUAGGCUGAUGCACUACAAGCAGAUAAUGGAAAGGCUCUGCAAACAUUACCCACCCAAUCAUGGGGACUUCCGGGACUCCAGAGCUGCUCUGGCAGAAAUUUCAGAGAUGGUGGCCCAGCUCCAUAGCAGUAUGCUAAAAAUGGAAAACUUCCAAAAACUUCAUGAACUGAAAAAGGACUUGUUAGCUAUGGACAAUCUGGUGACUCCAGGAAGGGAAUUUAUUAGGUUGGGUAGUCUCAGCAAACUGUCUGGAAAAGGCUUACAGCAGCGGAUGUUCUUCUUGUUCAAUGAUGUCUUGCUGUACACAAGUCGGGGCCUAACAGCAUCAAAUCAGUUCAAAGUUCACGGGCGGCUUCCACUGUAUGGCAUGAUGAUAGAAGAGAGUGAAGAAGAAUGGGGGGUUCCUCACUGCUUUACACUUAGAAGUCAACACCAAUCCAUUGUUGUUGCUGCGAGUAAUCGCAUUGAAAUGGACAAGUGGACUGAGGACAUACAGAUGGCCAUUGACUUGGCAGAGAACUGUAAUGAUCCUGCUUCUGAAUUCCAUGGAAAUAGCCCUUCUGACACAAAGUCCCCUGAAGAGCCCAUUGUAGACCAGGAAUCGGAAGACGAUCUCAAUGCAUCCCGCACCUCGCUUGAACGUCAAGCUCCUCACCGUGGCAACACUACGGUGCACGUCUGCUGGCACAGAAAUACCAGUGUCUCCAUGGUCGACUUUAGUAUUGCGGUGGAGAACCAACUUUCUGGAAACCUCCUGCGGAAAUUCAAAAACAGCAAUGGGUGGCAGAAGCUUUGGGUAGUGUUCACCAACUUCUGCAUGUUUUUCUACAAAUCUCACCAGGACAAUCAUCCCUUAGCUAGCCUUCCUCUGCUGGGCUAUUCUCUUACCAUUCCUUCUGAAUCUGAGAACAUUAAUAAAGACUAUGUCUUCAAGCUACACUUCAAAUCCCAUGUGUACUAUUUUAGGGCGGAGAGUGAAUAUACAUUUGAAAGGUGGAUGGAGGUAAUCCGAAGUGCCACAGGCCCAGCCUCACGUGUCCGUGUAUUAAGUCAUGAAGAAUCCCAUGUUUAUUGAUGGCUGAACUCCAAAUGGUUCAUUCCAGCAACUGCUGCUUUUUUAGAGGAUAUUUGAAUUAAUUUCCCGCCUUUUAAGAUUUAGUAAAACACACAUCUAUUAAAAAUGUUUUGAAUCAGCUUUUGAAAUAAUGCCUCAGCAGGUUUGUUUACUAUUAUCAGCCACAUGAGGGUUUCAUGUCUUGUAUUUGUUCUUUGGUGUGGUUUUUUAGCUUGUGCCAGUAUUAAAAUAUUGUCCCUUGGAGUGCCAAAUGCCGAAAGAUAUUUCUUUGCCUGAAAAAAUUUGCACCAGAAAUAUAUAGACCAAUUUUGUAGCAAGUUCAUUUUUUUUAUAUUUCCUUGAAAACAAGAUGCCUCUUCUUUAGUAUACAGACCCUCAAAAUGAGUUUUGGACUGAUUUUUGGUUUGGUUUCUUAUCUUCUAUUCACUUUACCACCUCAACAUAAAUCUUCAAGGUAUAAAGUUUUUAUUUUUGAUGUUUCUACACAGUUUGCUUGUAAGAAUUAAAACUGGCAGCCCAAUAUGUAGUUUGUUCAAUUCAUCUCACUUCUUGAAGUUGGAAAUAUUUCCUUCCUAUGCUGUCAGAUGGGUUUGCCUGCUUUUUUUUUUAAUGAAAAUUCAUAUUGAGAUAGAAAAUCAUGCCUGAGAAACAGUUUACAUAUUUUACCCCAUGAAAUACUCGUAACGAUGUGUUAGGAAGCUUAAGAUGGUAUAAUAUUUUGUGUAACAAAAUGUCAAUAUCUGUGUUCUACAAGGAUUGUGGCAUUAACUUUUUGUCAGAAAAUUAGUGUUUCAAUAAGAACAGAGGCGGGUGCAUCUUUUCAAAGGAAACAUUUGUUUCUGUAAUGUUUUGUCCCAAUAUAUCCUGUGCUUCUGCACCUUUAUAAGUGGUACUAUAAAUCAAUUCAUAUUUUGUCUGUACAAAUUGGGAAGCAAUUAGAAAUUAAAUAUGUUCAUUUAAUCGAUGUCCAGCCCACUCAAGAGUCCAAAACAGCCUUUCUCAACCAUUUUUCCCCUGGAGGAAGCCUUGAAAUAAUUUUCAGGGCUCAGAAAACCGUUGCAUAAAAAUUGUUCUAUCUAAAGCUCACGGUACAUUACUAUGAUCAGCAAGCUGGGUUGCAGUAAAAAUUCCCACCUUUGGGAGUGUUGGCAUUGCAUGGCACACAAGGUUAAAAAAAUAGUAUUUUUUAAAACAUAAUAAUGACCUCUCAUGGAACACAAGUUGAGAAAGGCUGUUCUAAAGAUUGACUGAGAAUAUACGCUUUCCAGCCAUUGAAAUAGAUUUAUUCUGUAUUAUUAGAUGUAAUAUGAAUCCCACAUCAUUUGUCACGCAUUUUAAGAGAAAUGGUUACCACCGUAUCAAUCAAUCUCUUGCUUUAAGAGCAGGUUUGCCAAAUAUAGAGGCUCUGUUGUAUAAACAUGUUUUAAGAUUUGCUUACUGAAAAGGGAAUAAAAUACCUCAACAGCUUUAAACACUGUAUAGCUUUGAGGGUUUCCUUUGAUGAUGUUUGUUUCUUGCCAUUUACAAAUCAAAUGUUAUUUUGAAUGUGCAUAAUUGAUAUCACAUAAUUUAUGUGUGCACAACUGAUUUAGGCAACAAAGUUCAUCAAAAUGAGUGCAUGAAAAGUUGUCCAGUCACACUUCCUUUGGUCUACAUAUCCCGACGUGCAUUUUGCAAUCCAGGGUUGGUUCAAAAGUUUUUCUCUCCCAUACCUCCCCACCCUCCCCCGGGUUGUGGCUUGAUUUUUCCAGCUAAACCAUGAGAUUGAAGCAGAAUCCUAGAAGGUUGUUAGACUCUUGUUGCUGUAAAAAAGAGCCACUCCUUUUUAAUUGUUUUGUUUUUAAGUGGCGGAAAGAAGAUGAACCAUGUCAACUAGGCUGCUGUUGACCUCAUUAUGUCUCUUUGAAACCUCCCCAGCUUCUUUUGUUUGAGAAGUAAACAGCUACAAAUAGAUUGGGAGAAGAAAAUAAAAACAAAACAGCUGGAACUAUAUUUAGAGACAUUUUUGCAUAUAAUUUUGAGGGUCAUAUAAAAUCAUCAUGCAAACUUAUGCCCAUGUUCCUUAUUUACUACUGCAGCUUUUAGCUUAUGCCUUUUCUGUUCGGCAAGGUUUGCAACGGUUUGGUCUUAGCAGCUGGAUUUGCUUCCUGGGAAGUCACAGUAUUGUAAUGCUAAAUGUGGCCCAAAUUUUCAGCUUUUGCCACUGUCUGUUCCUCAGGAUAUAAAUAUCAUGAGCUCAAAUCACUUAUUCAGUGUUUUCUAUUACCUAUCAGAGACCUCUUGCAGGAACAUUGCUUUAUAACAGUUUAUUUUUGCUUUCAGCUGUUGCUAUUUAGAUUUACAUACAAAAUUUAAUAAUCACGCUGCCUUUUUUUUUUUUGAACGAUGUUC